UCUUGACAACGUAGCAAUGUUUCUUUCGUGAACGCUCCCGGUGUCAGCUGCGUCAACUCCUGCGUUCAUCGCUAUCUCUUUUACGGGGUUGCAUGUUUGAUCAGAGUACACACACACACACACACACACACACAUAGGGAGGAGGUCAUUUUCAGCGCCAUAAACUGCUUCAGUGACCAGCUUUUCAUCUCGAGUGGCGACGUGUACAGGAACGUACACGCAUAGUGUAUAGACAGCAGGCCAUUUGCUACUUUUCAUUUACUUAUUUUUAUCCAAGUUACCGUUUAAACUGACAGUAUUUCUGCAUUAGUUUGUGAAGUUUGACACGGUAAACCAUGAGUAUCCGGAGAAGAUCUCGGACUGACCGCCUGUGGGCCUCAUCUUUGGCAGCAGUUGUGUUUAUAAUUCUGGCCAUAAAUGUCAACGCCAGGCCGGCGAAUAUGUCAGCAUUAAAAGACAAGCAUCCCAACAGUAAAGAAGAAAAUGAGAUCCUUCCACCUGACCAUCUGAACGGCGUGAAGAUGGAGAUGGAUGGACACCUCAAUAAAGACUUUCAUCAGGAGGUGUUUCUGGGGAAGGACAUGGAGGAGUUUGAGGAAGACUCAGAACCCAGACGGAACAGGAAGAAGCUUAUUGAAAUCUUCACCAAGGUGGAUAUCAAUAAAGACAGGAGUGUCAGUGCUAAAGAAAUGCAGCGCUGGAUCAUGGAGAAGACGGAGGAACAUUUUCAGGAAGCUGUUAGAGAGAAUAAGCUCAGUUUCCAUGCUGUGGACCCUGAUGGGGAUGGACAUGUUACUUGGGAUGAAUACCGUGUGAAGUUUUUGGCCAGCAAAGGUUUCAAUGAGAAAGAAGUAGCUGAGAAGAUAAAGAACAAUGAAGAACUAAAAAUGGAUGAAGAAACCCAGGAGGUUCUGGAGAGCUUGAAGGAUCGCUGGUUCCAGGCAGAUAACCCUCCAGCUGACCAGUUGUUGAAUGAAGAAGAGUUCCUCUCUUUUCUGCACCCUGAGCACAGCAGAGGCAUGCUCAGAUACAUGGUGAAGGAGAUUGUCCGAGAUCUUGAUCAAGAUGGAGAUGGAAAGUUGACUCUUGCUGAAUUUAUCUCCCUCCCUAUGGGAACGGUUGAGAAUCAGCAGGCCCAAGACAUUGAUGAUGACUGGGUUCGUGAAAGAAAGAAGGAGUUUGAAGAGGUCAUUGAUGCUAACCAUGAUACAAUUGUAACUAAGGAAGAGUUGGAGGAGUACAUGGACCCCAUGAAUGAGUACAAUGCUCUGAAUGAAGCCAAGCAGAUGAUUGCUGUUGCAGAUGAGAACCAAAACCAUAACUUGGAACUAGAAGAGAUCCUUAAAUACAGCGAGUACUUUACUGGCAGCAAACUCAUGGACUAUGCCCGCAACGUACAUGAGGAGUUCUAAUCUCCUCAAAUCUGUAAAAAAUAAGAAUAGUAAUAUGUAUGUAUAAAUCCCUUAAGCUACACUGAGGGCUAUACAAAGUGUUGCAAGGAUGAUGUUGUUCUUUGCUUGCCUUCCAGAUUGGACUCAACAAGUUCAUUUGAACAUGUGUUUGUAACUUUACAAACCUGCAAGCCAGAAAACCUUUUUUAAUAUUGCAGUACAAAUGUGAUGUCACAGGUGUGCUCUCAAAGUUUUUCCAAGUUCCAUAUGAGCUUGCCCCAUACAUUCCCCUGUAAUUAUGUUGAGACACUUUGUCACUUUCAUGAAUUGUUGAGUGUUGAUUAUUUAGAGAAAUAUAUGUAUAUGAGGAAUUUGGUCAGGGGAAAGCUUGAAUUGACUUAUAAAUGUAUUAAUGUAAAUAAUAUAGUUACUUGGAGUGCCAUAAUAUAUACAUGUUAUAUAUAAAUGUUUUGACAUUUUGGGUGGGUUAGUUGUAAGGCAGGGCUUUGACAGGGUUUGUAUAUUUAGUUCACUAAGCUGCAACCCCUAUUAUUUCCAAAGAAGAAGAAAGUUAUUUAGGGUGGUCAUUUUGUGAAAGCUAAAGUAUAUAGCACUUCUGUUUGGGAUCUCAUUGUUCAAUGCAAAGCAGUAAAUAAAUGUCAAAAACCUAGUAAAAAAAAAUAAUUUUAGUUGAGAGAGUAUAGAUUAAUAAAGCCAGAUGUGAUGUAUUGUAUUAUUUGGGCACCAGCUUUUUUUGUGAGGAGCCAUUUUGUUGAAUUCAUAAUUGCAGUUGGCCUGAAAAUAGUUUAUUUUUUACUAUUUUAUGACUGCAAGUGAAAAUUCAAAUGACCCUGUUACCUCAGCAAUCUCUUUCAGUCACAUGCUUAUAAGUCAGUAGUUCAUUAACUCUGAAAACUUGUGCCCAAAUGUGGUCAUAGCGCUUGCUCUUUUAAAGUUUGUAUUUCGAGAUCUAGAAGUAAUUUUUAUUCCAAGUAUUAUAAAAUAAGCUUAAGACAAAUGCAUAAGGCAUACGCAUCCAGAGGAAAAGUUAUGAUUUUAUUAUUAUUUAAUGAUUAUUGGAUGGAGAGUUUAAUGUAUUUUCUUGUCUUGCCUAUAUAUUUGAGCACCAAUCUCAGGUUUUGGUGUUCAAAGACACUGUCUUUGAAUUUGCAAUAAUUGUUAAGCAUGCUUUGGUAAAGUUUCAGAUUUUGAAUUUUUCAGAAAUAUAUAUAUAUAUUUUUUUUCUAUUUGAGUUAUUGAUGACUAAGGCUUAUUUUUCUUUCUUUUGAUUUGUGGUUUAUUCCCACAGAGUACUUUUUUGCUGUUUAAAUAAUAGCUCCUAAUCUGUUUGCAAUCAUCGUUGUACAGAACAUUGACUAAUUAUAUUGCCCCCAUCUUGUGGAAAUUCAAGUGACUGCUUGACAGAAAGUUUUGAAAAACCCACUUGGUCUGAGUUUUUGACUGCUGAACAUUGCUUUAAAAUGAAAAAGCUUUGAAAUGCUCCAUAUUGUAGUUUAUAUAUUCAUGAAAACGAUUUUUUCAUCCCAUUAUUAUACACAUUUUAAUACACUGAUCAAGCAAUGGACAAAACAUACCUCUAAAUUUGACACACUACCUUUAAAACUUUUAAACGUUCUUAACACUUCCUGCUUAAACUGUGUGCUAGAUUAGAGAGGUUGCAAAGCUAAAUCAGGCUAAAAUUUUGAUUAUAAAAAAAUUAUAGUUGUACUAAUCUCUGUAUGUAAUUUUGAUUAAUUUGACCCUCAUGAUAUCAGCACAUCAGAAUUGUUGACUGUUUUGAUAUUUGUUCUGGACUAUCUUAUACCAUAAAACAAAUGUUGCAAGAUGAAGUAAAUACAUCUGUUUUGAUAUCAGAAUCAUAUCCACAUGUAAAAUCAUCAUUAAUUUGCUAGAUACUGUAAAAUUAUUGAGAAAUAAUAAA